AGUAGAGAUAGAAGAGAAAGAGAGAGUUCGGCUUCGUUGGUUGUUGCUUUCAGAGAUGAGAGAACGCAACCUAUUCAUUCCCCUUCAACUGCUUAUAUUUCUGGAUUAAAAGAACUAAAUUUUUAUUCUUUUUUUCUUCUGGGUUUUGUAUCAACCGAUCAUUUGGGUUUUCUGGAUCGAAGAUGGGGGGUUCAGGGGGAGAGAACUCAAGGAGGAAACUAAUGGAAGAAGUAUCGGGAGUGGCCGAGCUGGUUAGGGAGUUGCAGGAUUCAGCUUCAUCUCUAAUCUCCAAGACGUUCAACGAAGAACAAGCUCUCCGCCAGCGAACUCUCACGCUGGAUUCCAAUAUUAAGAAACUCCGUUCCUCGAUCGAUUCUGCCGUCAAGAAAUCCUUACUCGAUCCUAAGGAAGCUGAGAAGCUGGGAGAAGAAUUAGACAGAGCGAGAUGCAUUCUAACUGAUGGGGACGCGUCUUUCUUUCUUCCUAGCAAAGCUAAAGGUACUUUCCUGAAGAUGUUUCUUGGUCCUGUCAAUGUACGUGCUAAUGGGAAAGACGUCCAAUUGAAAGUAAAAGAGGAGUAUAAUAGUUACAGGGAUAGAACUGCCUUUAUGUUCCUUCUCUUCCCAUCAAUACUACUAUUUUUAAGGUCUUGGUUCUGGAAUGGAUGCUUGCCAACUUUGCCAGUUCAGCUGUACCAGGCCUGGCUAUUGUUUCUCUACACAAGUUUGGCUUUGCGAGAGAACAUAUUAAGGGUGAACGGAAGUGAUAUUCGUCCAUGGUGGAUAUACCAUCACUACUGUGCUAUGGCAAUGGCGCUCAUCAGUCUCACAUGGGAGAUAAAAGGGCAACCUGAUUGUGCCGAAAAGCAGAGAGGGAUAAAUCUGUUCCUUCAAUGGGCUAUAAUGCAAGGAGUCGCCAUGCUCUUGCAAAAUAGAUAUCAACGCCAGAGACUAUAUACUCGUAUUGCAUUGGGAAAGGCUAGAAGAAUGGAUGUGGUAUGGGGAGAAACUGCUGGUGUUGAAGGUCAAUUAUGGCUGUUAUGCCCCAUACUGUUCAUUUUGCAGGGCUUUGAAGCAUACGUUGGAUCAUUGCUCUUGCGGACUGCACUGGUUGGCGUUGUUUCCGAGUGGCAGGUUGUUGUUUGCGGAAUCCUUCUAAUUCUGAUGGCAGUUGGAAACUUUGCAAAUACGGUGCAAACACUUAUGGCAAAGUCAAGGGUUAAAGCGAAAAUGAAGAAAAGUAAAAGCAAGCAAGAACUAAAUCAUGGGUCCUCUCCAAGGAAUUUGAAAUUGUAAAGAUACCAAGUAGAAUCCUAUAAAUGGUCAUGAGUUAUUUAUGGAGCUUCAUAUUUGGUUUUUGUUGGAAUGUAUUCUGGGUUUUCUACGUGCUUUCCUGCAGCUACUGUUGUCUCUUCAUCUCUCUUCUCUAGAUACAUGACCGUAAGAUAAGAGUUUAAAUGUGAUCCAGUUUUGAGUUCAAUCUAUGAAUAUGGCUUUGUGGC